AUGACGUUGCCGCCCCGAUUUCUCGGGGGCAAGUACGCGGAGGCGGACCCUCUGUACCUUCGAGCUAUUGAUAUUGGGAAGAAAAUGUUGGGCCCUGACCACCCAGAUCUUGCCGCAUGGCUCAACAACCGGGCGGGGUUGUUGAAGAAGCAGGGCAAGUACGCGGAGGCUGAGCGACUGCAUGAGCUGGCCACCAAGACUUGGGAGAAAGCGUUAGGUCUUGAGCACCCAACCGUUGCCACAGCGUACAACAACCGGGCGGGGCUGUUGAGAGCCCAGGGCAACUACGAUGAGGCGGAGCGACUCUACAAGCGUUCACAGGCCAUUCGGGAGAUGGUGCUAUGUCCGGAGCACCCUGAUGUGGCAUCGGUGCUCAACAACAGGGCGGAGCUGUUGCAGUGCCAGGGCAAGUAUGAGGAAGCAGGCCCUCUAUAUUUACGAGCAGCCGCCAUUAAUGAGGCAGCCCUUGGCCCACAACAUCCGCGAGUGGCUGCGGACCUAAACAACCAGGCGGGGUUGUUGUACCGACAGGGGAUGUAUGAGGAGGCGGAGCCGCUGUUCAAGGGCUCGCUUGCUAUAUUUGAGAAGGUUCAUGGUCUUGAUCACCCUGAGGUCGCCACAAGCUUACACAACUGGGCGCGGGUGUUAGAGAGCCAGGGCAAGCACAACGAGGCGAUUCCACUUCUGGAGAGGGCGUACUCCAUCCGAAGGACGAGGAUGGGGGAGCAUCACCAAUACACGACCGACACUCAGACCGGCCUGGAGCGUGUUCGUCAACAUGUUCGUGAACAAAAGGAGACUAGCUAGCAAUGGCCGAGGGAUACGUAGCUAUGUUCGUGGACAGGAGACUACCUGGUGGUCGAAGAAGCCUGAUACCCUAGGAUAUAGAAAGUGCUUCGUUCGGUGUUGCCGGUGUAACGGGCAGAGAAGCACCGGAUCGAAGGCGCUUCCUCUGUGGAAAGGGGUGGGUCGCUCUUUGAACGCGAUCGACACAGGCCGGGGCAAGCUCCUAGCGCAGAGUGCCCUUUGUGCUGCAGGACGUACAGCUGUAGCCUGCGCCACGUUGUUCAUGUCGCGGAAGAAGUAUUGUUGCGUUCUCGUCAGUGUCGCGCUUGGCCUGUUGCUGGAUAACACGUGAUAACCCAGUGCUUGGGUCCUAGUCUCUGUCGCUCCUCGCUGUGUCCCCGGUGCUUGCGCCGCAUGAAUCGGACACAAAACCUAUGCCUGUCUUCGUUCAUUCAAAAUUGCAAUGUCUU